CUGGACGCCGUCCCCGGAACGACGCCUCAGGUGAGCGCGGGUCUCCGCGGUCCCGCUUUCGCGGCCUGACACCGAGCUUGGCCUCGGGGGCGCCCUCAUAAAAGGCGCGCCCAGCCAGGGCUGGAAGCGGCCGCCUGUUUCGGCUGGAUGAGGAUGGAGUGACCGGCGCGGCCCUGGCCACGAAGACACGGCCCGACUGUCCCUGCCCGCUCGCGCCGCGGAGCAGAGCCCCGCACAGCCGCUCCAGGAAAGGGCGCGCGGCGCGGGAAGUCGCGAUGGACCGCUGCAGCCCGGCGUGCAGCCCCCUGAUCGCCAGCCGCGAACCCGCGCCCGCGCCCUCUGUCGCCCGCGACUCGAGCCCGGGGAGGACCGGGCCGGGGCCGGCGGGCCCGGGCGGCGGGGCGCGCUCCGGGGGAGGGCGGCCGGCGGCCGCGAACGCGGCGCGGGAGCGCAGCCGCGUGCAGACCCUGCGGCACGCCUUCCUGGAGCUGCAGCGCACGCUGCCGUCCGUGCCGCCCGACACCAAGCUGUCCAAGCUGGACGUGCUGCUGCUGGCCACCACCUACAUCGCGCACCUCACCCGCAGCCUGCAGGACGACGCCGAGGCGCCGGCGGACUCCGGGCUGGGCGCCCUGCGCGGCGACGGCUACCUGCACCCUGUCAAAAAAUGGCCCAUGCGAUCAAGAUUGUACAUUGGUGCUACCGGUCAGUUUCUGAAGCAUUCCGUCUCUGGAGAAAAAGCAAAUCAUGGCACUGCUCCAACAGACUCACAGCCUUAGGCUCUCUCUCCCCUGAUGGGGCUGGAAGAGAGUGGUGUCUAUUGUUUUUAAAUAGUGUGAAAUAAUUCUGUAUUUAUUACAUCAGACAUCACAAACAUCAUUUCCGAACAUUUACACGAGUCCAUAGUUGGAUGUUCAGAUUUGUCAGUAUAAUCUAAAUAGAUGUGGAAUGAAAUAACCAGUCUUGCAUAAAACACACAGCUCAUCUGUUCAGUGUAAGAGAUAGUCGUUACUACAUGGUGCAGGAAAUACUACUAGAAACAAGGAAAGACACGCAAAAGCAAAAAACUACGUAUUUACAGAAUGCACAUACUUUCUUAGCAUAUUUAUUACAAACUGAAAAGCUAAUAUCUACUGAUAGUCUUUCUACUUAAAAAAAAUAAAAGCUGUGUAAUACACUAGUAUUUCAUUUUUGUGAAGAUCAGUCUAUGCUUAAAGUUAGUCGAAGAAGCCAUUUCAGUUGGCAGUUGUGAGAUCAUUUAUUCAUUUAUUCAGACUUAGCUGAGUAUGUUUGAAAAGACGAGGUAAUAUGAUGAUGCAGUAACUUCCAUAACUAGUUCUUUUUCUCUUAGAAAACUUGCUCAGAGUAUCAGAAAUGGUUUGCUUCAUAGGACCAGGCUUGGCCACCUUCCUAGAGGAUUACUAUAAUAAAUAUCUAAUUAUAUUUCAAAAUCGUGGAAGGCAUUGGGAAUCCCUGCAGCCCAGUGUGAACAGAUGGGUGUCACUGGGCAGCAGGGUUCAUCACCCUCCUUCCCAGGCACUUUCUUUCAGGUCCUGGACUAGGCAAGCAGGUACAGCUACAGCCACCCUAAAGAGAGGAGCAUGUUUGGGCCUGUUGGAGGCCUCAGGUGAGCGCCAAGUGAGCCCCGGUGACCCUCACAGCCACAGAUUUGGCUAGGCUCCUUCUCCCUUCAUCAAUUGCUGUUCACAAUCUAUAUGAAAUGGGAGAGAUAUCCUGUUUGAUUUGGGAAUUCUGGCACUGAUCUUUACUUUGAGAGCAUCUGAGGACGCAGAGUGACCAUCCUGAGAUACAUCAAGCCAGAGCAUAUCCUCCUCCACCCCCCACCACCCCAUCCCUCCGAACUUGCCCUACUUUGAACCUACAAUCAGGGAGGGCCCUGUGCUAUGGGCCUCUCCCACCACGCUGCCCAUCAGGUACCCGGGCAGCAGCUGUUCUGCCUGAUUGCACCAGUGGUUUCAUUUUUCAACAGGAGCUGGGGGUCACAGCCAUGAAGCAGAGAUGUUGUUCAGGGAACACUCUGAACCUCAGAGCAACAGGGUGCAGUAGAGACACCUGGAAAAAAAAAAUCAUCUGUCUCUUCUGUCAUGUCUCUGCUGACUUAGAUUCCCUUUUCUCUCCCUUUCUUGUUUUUCUCCUUAGUCUACUAUUCCACUUUCCAACUAUAAAGCUCAGUUAUUUCUCAAAAACCCAGUUUUAAAGGUGCUGAAUCUCAUCCAAGAUUAGCAAAUAGAAAGGCAUAUUAAUGGACGUGGUUGAAUUAAUACAGCAUUUGAACCGCCACUUUAUUUUCUCCCCACCUCAGUUUCCUUCCAGGUUUUGGCAGUGAAAUGAAGUAAAAGAGCGUUUAAAGACAAAAACGAUCACUCAGUUAAAAAAAAAUAAGUAACUAAACAAAACUAUCAUUCAGUUAAAAAUAAAGAAAUAAAAUCAUCAUUUAGUUGAUUCAGCUGAACAUGACCAUGUUUUUGGCUCAUAUCUGACUGUAAUUGUUAUUAUUUUAAUGUGAAUAUCUCCUUGUAAUGUGAUGGAAGCAUGUCUUUAAAAGAAAAGAUAUAUAAUAAAAGCUUUGUACAUAUUAAUAUGGAGCAAAAAUGUUUGUAUAGUUAAACAUUUGUGAAUAUGUUUACUCAUAUAACAUUGAAAAGGAUAAAAGGUAAAAUGAGAUGGAUUCAGCCAUUCACUAUAGUAAGUUAUUGGCAUAAAAAGAGCUAAGAAUAAAUCAUCUUUUAAGGAAUGACAUCAAAACUUCUUUAAAGACACCAGAAAAUGAACUUUAUAUAAACACUAAAUUUGAUAGCAAGAAUUUCAUAAAAAUGGCUUUCUUGCUAAUAAUCUAUUUGGCUGCAGUUUUUAAAACAUUUAAUUGGGGAAAAAUUAUGACUUACUGAAUUAUCAGACUUUUUAAAAUCAUCCUGUUAAACACAUAGUUAAGUUUUGCCUUUCACAGUAUUACUUUUUAUUUCUUCUUGUCCAUUUAUUAUACAAAGGUUUUAAUGCCAAAGAAGGAUAUUUCUGCCAUAGGUCUUCAAAGCAUUUUAGUAAAUUGCUAAAUAUGCUAACAGCUUUUGGUAGGUUGGAAAAUCUCAGAGGAGAAAUUGCAUAUUUUCACCCAAAGUUUCAAGGGAGCAUGCUGUUUUAAUUAAUGGUGCAUGGUCAAUAGAAAGGGUGUUACUAAAGUUAAAUAAAGUACUAAUUUGAAAAUUUAGUCUGUUAAAUUUGCAUCUGUCUCUAUGAAUAUUUAACAAAUACUAAAGGUAAAUUUGAAAAUCUUUCUAGUAGAUAUCUACUUGGCAAUAGCUUCUUCACCAGGCUGUCCUUAAUGGAGUAUAUAUAAUAUUAAGACUGGGGAGGGGGUAUAUUUGGAUCAUAAUAUUGGGCUGUCGGAAAAGUCAUGAUGUAUUUUUUCUAUGUUUUUCGUUGCAAAAAUGCGUCAUGACUUUUCCGACAACCCAAUAUUAUCCUAUAAUCUGCAAGGGAGAUCCUCAGUUAAAUUUGUCAGUUUACUCAGCAUUCUCAGUGAUAUCAUAUACAUUUAAAUUCCUCUAUAAUGAUAAUUUUGGGGGAUAAGGGAAUGCCUUUUUAGGGAUAUUUUCAACAAACUUAAAAUAUUGUUGAUUUCUCUGAUUAUAAAAACAGUUUAUUGUACACCAAUUUUACAUCAAUAAAGCUAUAUUAAAAGUAUAUGCACAUGUGUUUUAAAAAAUAAAAUUAGUAGUAAAAGGAAUGAAGUAGAAAAUGAAAGUCCUACAGUGGAGAUUGGUGGUUGGGAUAGAGUAAAGGUGCGGCUAUCUAUCCACAUGUUAUUUGGUAAAUAAGAACUCUGCAUUUUUAGAAGGCUUUUUUUGACCCAACUACUUUAAUCUGCAGAUUUACAGAUAUCCCUAACAGUGAUUUUCUUAUCUAUUCAUGGAAAUUUUAUUUACACUUAGAAACUGUGCGAAAAUAAAGUAAAUGUUAAUUGACAUUAUUGAAAUGCACAGUAAUUAUUUCCGUUGAAAUUGCUUUUUAGGUAAAUUAUUCAAUAAUUUCCCUGUCUCUCCAAGGGCCCCAUUUUAUAUUCAUGAAUGCAACUACCAGUUAUUAUCAAUUAAAAUGAAAGUAUUCAGGUUCUAGUAAGGUCUAUUUUUUUUUUGAGUGGGGAGAGGUAACCCUAUAUAUAUUUUCCAGCACAAUAUUUAACCAUUUCUUUAGGCCUCAGUAUGUCAUAGUGCCAUUCUGAGGAAAUAAGCCAAAUAAGCAGUGGCCAACAUGAUUCCCUUAGAAAUCAACACAUGAGUUAUUUGGCAUCAUUAUAAGACAAGUUGCUUGUUGACUCUACGUAAACUGUAUUGUUCUUAGCUGGCAGGGAGAAGAAAUUAUAAAUCAAACGGAUUGCCUUGAUCCAAAUUUACAUAUUAGAUAUUUUGAAAAGAUGGCUUAAUCUAAAGGCUCUUUCCGAAAGCUAUUGCAGAUUAUAUCGAUCAUGUAUUUUAUUUGAAAAGCUAUGAACUUUGACUCUUCUAACGCAGGCACAUCUGUGUUUAUCUGAUGACAAAAUCCUUUUUUUUUUUUUUAUAAUCAUUGCUGGAGGAUGUGAUAUCUACAGUUUCCCAGAUGACUGACAUCUAGUAGUGUACUACUGCUGUCUUUACGGUACACACUCUUGAUUUUUUAAUUUUAUUUUUGUUGUUAUUGUAAUGUUAAAAAUAUCUAAAAACUAAGAUCCGAAGUUUUCAAAGGAGCGCUAGGGAAAUGUUAUACAAUUGUGUAUCUUAGAGAAAUUAAUAUGUACUUUUGUUUUGUUACAUACUGGUAGCUGGUGGUCUUAUAUAUGACUAUGUUAAUGAAAACAAUA